AAGGAGAAAACAGACAUUAUUGUCUGUGUGAGAAGUCAUGUAAUGUUAAAUGUAAGUGGUGAAGAGGCCAUGUUUGUUACUGUGAACUGUCCUGUCCCUUCUUCUUCAUACACCAUACUACUGCUCAACCUCUCCCUUCAAAAACAUUAACAUCUCUUCAUCCUCUUUUUCAGACACACAAACACACCUCACCAAAAUCUCUGAUCCCUCCAAACAAUCCUUAAACCUAACCCUAUCUAAUCUAUCUUUACACACACACACACACAUGAUGAUCAUGCUAUGAUUAAGGUUGUCAUAAUUAACUCAAUUAAUUAGAAGAUAGCUUCAUUAUAAUUUCUAGGGUUCAUAAAUCAGUAGUGUACUGAUCAUCAUGGCUCUAUCAAGAAAUUACUACAAGCUUUGUCUCAGCUUUGCUGUUGCAGCUGUCUUCUUCUUUUCUCUCACUUUGCUACCUCCUAAAUCAGGUGGGAUUCAGACAUCACGUGACAAUGAGCAGUUGAGGAAAAUGGUGUUGGGAUCAAGACCACCUGCGUGUGUGAACAAAUGCAAGAGUUGCAAGCCAUGCGAAGCUACUUUAGUAAUUCCACCCCACCGGAGCAGGACCAAAAGUACUAACUACCAACAAUUGUCGUCUCACAGAGAAGACGACAGCUACUAUCUUCUCUCUUGGAAAUGUAGGUGUGGGAAUAAGCUUUAUCAGCCUUGACGAUGUUGGUUUCUCCAGUUCCGAGCGGACGGAUUAGGGAACUAAUUUUGAUCCUCUUAAAAAAUAAAAAAAUUACGAUGAUGUUGAUAAUUAAAAAAAUUUAAAAUAAAAAUAUUAGUGUAAUUAAUUAUUAAUCUUCUAUAUAUAUUUGUAUUGUGUCGCUGGUAGUCUUUAAUGAGAUGGGUUGUCCCCCAGAAUUAUAUAAUAAAUUUGUUGAGAAUUAC